CUCACAUAUAUAGGUAGGUAGGUAGAUAUCUAGACGCCCAACUAGUUGUACUUGAUUUUUUACUUAUCUACCUACCUAUUUACCUGGUCAUCAACUGUCUUACGAACAAUCGAAUCUAGAUAAGAGCCCAAUAUCACCCCUUAUACCCAAUCCCUAUGGCGACCGGCUGGUUUGGGGCUAUGCCCCCUCCCCCGGGGGUUGAAGCAAACCUCAUCGACCCUCCGACUCAGAUGAAGCAGAACAUAGCCCUCCAUACAGUAUGUCUCACCCUAGCUUCAUUCUCCGUGGUUAUACGGUUGUAUACACGCAUAUAUAUUUCUGGUGGAAAAUUAGGCAUCGAAGACUAUCUUUGCAUUUUGUCAUGGGCCUUGAGUGUAACAUUCUCGGGACUGAUGUUCGCUGCAUAUUCGAAGGGAAUUGGACGUCAUAUAUGGGACACGCCAGCAGUCUGGAUUGUGGGCACUUUGAAGAUAUACACGAUUGCCACGUUUAUAUAUUUGAUCCUAUCGACGUGUAUCAAAUUGACCUUCCUGUUUCUUUAUCGUCGUAUCUUCUCUCCGCAAACAAAGUCAAAAUACUUUAUCUACGGAGCUAUUUACUUCGUCGUCUGUCUUAAUACAGCGUUGCUAUUCACUACUAUUUUCGAGUGCUCGCCAGUGGCGCGGUCAUGGAAUUCGGCUCUAGACGGUCAUUGCAUCAACCCUAAAAUCCUCCCUUACCUUUCCGGUGUGACGAGUUUCCUCACCGACAUUUAUAUCCUUAUCUUGCCUAUACCACUUUUAUGGCAUUUGAAUAUGGGACGAAAACGAAAAUUCAGACUUAUAGCAAUCUUCGGGACAGGUUUAUUUGCUUGCGUUUCAAGUGUUAUUCGUUUAGCAAUGACACCAGUCCUUUCAAGUAGUCUCGACGCUACCUGGAAUAUCUCUAAUAUAACAGUUUGGGGGACACUUGAGGUUAAUAUUGGCAUAAUAUGUGCUUGUGCAGUAGCCCUACCUGCUUUCUUUGACCGGCAUUUACCAGAAUGGGCCAAGUUGUCUAUGUCUCGUCUUCGGCUCUACACUCGCAGCUUUCCUAAGGGAACAAAAGGCUCAAAUAGUGCAACAGGUGAUGUUCAAAAUCAGUGGCAGAGCUAUACACAUCUAGAAGAGUCGGGAUCUAUGAAACUGGUGAUACAGGGAACCGAGAUAUACGCUUUAAAAGACACCGCCCCAUCCAAAAUAGUCAAUUAGAUUACAAUGGACGCGAUUUAGAAGCUGAGUUGUACGGUAUGCUGGAGGAAUUAGAGGUGGCCUAGGUGUAACCUGAGGCAAAGAGCACCUAAUUAUCUAUAGUUAUGAAUACUUGAGUUUUGGCUAGG